AACGACAUGUGUUUAUCAAUAUUUCACAAUAUUUGAAUUUCUUAUUAUUCAAUUGUUUAAUCGAUGUUGAAUUUGGUUUGGAUGUGAUCAAAGAUGUCUUCUCUUAAGCCGGAUUUAAGAAAUAACCCUAAAGGGGUGCUAGAACAAUACAUUACGACUUUACAAAGUGAGUCUAAAAUUGCAAGGAAACAAGCCUUUCAGAAAAUUAAUUAUGAGAUUUUUGAGAACCCACUAAACGAAGGUUGUGAUUUUACUAUUAUAUUUCCUGAGAUAUAUGCUUAUGUAUUGAAAGGGUUCUCCGAUCCUUCGGAAGGAUGCAGAGAAAUGAGUACUUUUAUUAUCUCAAAUUUCAUAGAACAUUUGCCACUUAAUGAUUAUUAUUUGACUUACAUUUUACCAGUGAUAGUUCGACGCAUCGGAUGCGCAGAGAUUGUUGAAGAUUCAGAAGAAGUUCGUUUAUUGCUAAUAGAGUUAGUUCAUAAAAUAUUACUCAAAUAUAAAAAUACCCAGCUUCUAACAUCAUUCUUUAAUGACUUUACUAGUAUUUUAACAAAAACAAGCACAGAUCCAUUUCCUAAAGUGAAAUUGGAAGCAUGUGAAUGCAUCAUAUUGUUGUCUAAUAUACUUGAAAGAGAAUUUCAUUUACAAGCAGAAAGUUUUGUUAAGCCUGUGCUGUCGAACUUUGCACAUCAACAUUUCAGAGUUCGUGUUGCAGCAAUAAGAGCUAUAGGUGCAAUAGUAAUAAGUGGUAAUGCCAAAUGUUUUGAAUUGUCUAUAACACCGAUGGCAGAGAAACUCUUUGACGAGAACACACAAGUUCGAUUGCAAGUGACUUUAGAAGUUGGUAAUUGGAUGAUGAAAUAUAAAGACAGAUAUUCCUUCUGGCACCGCAUGAUACCACUUAUGCUAACCAGUUUGAGUGAUGUUAUGGCUGAUAUACGAACAACCGCUACAAAGCUCUGGUCAGAUAUUGGAAUGCAAUAUAUGGAAGAGAAUGAGGAAGAUCUGAAGAAGAAAUUGGACUUCCUUAGAGACGUGCCGACACAUUACCCUGAUGUGAAGAGACCAAACUUUGGCUGUAGGUGUCUGGUGCAAAUGAAUAUUGGUAAAAUUGUACCUGCUAUUGGGAAAGAGAUGGAGGGGUGGCAGAGCGACGCUCGGCUGCGCGUGGCGCAGCUGCUGUGCUGGCUGGUGCUGUGCGCGGAGGAGGGCGCCACGCAGCACGCCAACGCCAUCGUCAGGAUACUAAUGCGUGGCGCCGCUGAUGAGGACGCAAGAGUUGUGCUUGAGAUUAAACGCGCAGCCGAGUUGUUCGGCUACUUCAUAGUGCCGGAUACAUGGUGGCCGCUGCUAGAGGCUGAUGUGGACGGCUGGCCAGCCCUCACCGUCAUCACCAACAUCCUCAAGGGCUCCAAACCGGAGCUUGUUCAAGGAAAAGUUAUGAAAGAGCUCUGCAAAGAGUUAGCUGAUCCUGAUAGAUGUAGAGUGCGAAAGGCUAAGUACCAAAGUAAUUUGGUCCUUGUGACGGAGGCGCUUAUGUCGUUAUGUGGGCGGGAGUGCGCGCCAGUAUACGAAGACCUCUUUAUCAUCAACUUCACAGUGUACGCCAUGCCUUACGAUGAUAAGAUGCAGUUUAUGGCUCUCUCAAAUUUAGACAAACUGCGUCAGUUAGAGGAUUGUGGUCGGACGCUAACAUCGCUGUACGAUAUACAUAUUCGCCGCGUACUGGUAGAUAUCACCAGCGACGCGCUCACCUGGACUCUACUCACCCCAGACCGGUGUCUGCUUGAGUGUGUGCUACUUAAUGCGGGGUCCGCGUUGGGUCGUCAGCUGCACCUGGUGGCGCCGCUGGUGCGCGAGUGCCUCGCCACGCCGCAGGUGGACGCGGAGGUGAGACUGAAGGUGUUCACGGCGCUGUCCACGCUGCUGCUGCGCCGACAGACUAACUUCGCACACUGUGAUACUGACAAGCUGGAGUCCUUCCUCAAUAUUGUUAUUGAGGAGAUAAUAGUGCCAAACCUGGUGUGGUCGCCGGGGCGCACGGCGGAGGCGAUACGCACGGCGGCGGUCGCGUGUCUCUGCUCCGCGCUGCAGGAGGACCCACAAACAGAUGGACCUCCACAAACGGACCCCAAGGAUCAGUCUGCUGAGGGAGAUGCUAACGAGAAGAAGGUGAACCUAUUCCCGAGUAAGGAAUCAUUAGAGCCGGUUCUGGCGCGCGUGGUGCCGCUGGUGCUGAGCGCGGCGGAUGACAACAGCGCACUGACACGUCAGCACGCGUUGCGCGCCGCCGCCGCACUGGCCGCGCUCGCCGCCGCCCGCGCCUGCUUCACACCGGAAAUACUGCACAAUAUGUACUAUGUGGUGCUGAAGCGUCUGGACGAUAGCAGCGACAAGGUGCGUUCGUUCGCGGUGCGCACGGUGCGUACGCUGUUCGCGCUGCGGCCGCGCCCAUACGACACGGUCGUGUUCGGUGCGCACGUCGAUGCGCUCUACAGCGCUAUGCUCGUACACCUCGACGAUCCAGAUGAGGAGUUCCGCAAGGAAAUGCUUGCUGCCCUUAUUGCUCUCAGCGACGUCGAUCCUCAGCUGCUUAUCAAGAAAGUGAAGGCAAAUAUACAUCUGUAUAGAAACAAGGCCGCCUACGAGAGCCUUUCUAGUCAUAUUGAGAAUAUUUUGAAAUAGAUUUUCUUUUAAGUUUAUUUUAUUUUUAAAUAAUAAAGAGAAUAUUAUUUUA